GGAGGGACCGGGAGGUCCCGGAGCCUAGCGCGCCGCCGGGGAGGAGGGAGUCGCCGGGACAGCCGCCGCGGCCGCCGCGUGCUCAGCCUGUCCCCGCCCAGGGAACCGGAGCCACCAACUAACUCCGCCCGGCGCCCGCGGGGGCUCGGGCUUCCGUCCCGGAGAGAGCCUGCGGCCGCGCAGGUUCCGAAUGAUGACUGACGCGGGUCUGCGCGAUAGCCCUCACAGCCCCUGUCCUUGCGAGCGAUAAGGACCUCGCACGUCCGUCCGGCAGCCGCACCGGGGCUCAAGGCGCUCUGGAGGGCGGGCGGCUCCCGCGGGCGGAGCGGACUCCAGUGCCGCUUCCCACGCACCGGGACCAGACCUCCCGGACCCGGCUGCCCGCGCGUCGCCCGUCGCCCGGGGCCAUGAAGUAGCAGUGGCCGCCAGCCCUGCCCUCCCGCCGGCCCGGCUGCUACACGCUGCCCCGGCCCCAGCUCGGACAUGGCCGGACGCGCCCGCAGCCUGCUGCUGCUGCUGCUGCUCACCCUGCAAGGCAGCUGCCUGGCCUUCAGAAGCCCACUUUCUGUCUUUAAGAGGUUUAAAGAAACUGCCAGAUCCUUUUCCAAUGAAUGCCUUGGAACCACCAGACCUGUAACUCCCAUUGAUUCAUCAGAUUUUGCAUUGGAUAUUCGCAUGCCUGGGGUCACACCUAAAGAGUCUGACACAUACUUCUGCAUGUCCAUGCGUUUGCCUGUGGAUGAGGAAGCCUUUGUGAUUGACUUCAAGCCUCGUGCCAGCAUGGAUACUGUCCAUCAUAUGCUACUUUUUGGAUGCAAUAUGCCUUCGUCCACUGGAAGUUACUGGUUCUGUGAUGAAGGAACCUGUACAGAUAAAGCCAAUAUUCUAUAUGCCUGGGCAAGAAAUGCUCCCCCGACCCGGCUCCCCAAAGGUGUUGGAUUCAGAGUUGGAGGAGAGACUGGAAGCAAAUACUUUGUCCUCCAAGUUCACUAUGGGGAUAUUAGUGCUUUUCGAGAUAAUCACAAGGACUGCUCUGGUGUGUCCUUACACCUCACACGUGUGCCACAGCCUUUGAUUGCCGGCAUGUACCUUAUGAUGUCUGUUGACACUGUGAUACCACCAGGAGAGAAAGUGGUGAAUUCUGAUAUUUCGUGCCAUUAUAAAAUGUAUCCCAUGCAUGUGUUUGCCUACAGGGUCCAUACUCACCAUUUAGGUAAGGUAGUGAGUGGAUACAGAGUAAGAAAUGGACAGUGGACGCUGAUUGGACGCCAGAGCCCUCAGCUGCCACAGGCUUUCUACCCUGUGGAGCACCCAGUAGAUGUUACUUUUGGUGACAUCCUGGCAGCAAGAUGUGUAUUCACUGGGGAAGGAAGGACAGAAGCCACCCACAUCGGUGGCACGUCUAGUGAUGAAAUGUGCAACUUAUACAUCAUGUAUUACAUGGAAGCCAAAUAUGCAGUUUCCUUCAUGACCUGUACACAGAACGUGGCCCCAGAUAUGUUCAGAACUAUACCAGCAGAGGCCAACAUUCCAAUUACUGUAAAAUCUGACAUGGUGAUGAUGCAUGGCCAUCACAAAGAAACAGAAAACAAAGAUAAAACUGCUCUAAUCCAGCAGCCAAAGCAUGAAGAGGAAGAGGUGUUAGAGCAGGGUGAUUUCUAUUCACUGCUUUCCAAGCUGCUAGGAGAGAGGGAAGAUGUGGUUCAUGUGCACAGAUAUAACCCUGCAGAAAAGGCAGAAUCCGGUUCAGACACGGUAGCUGAGAUUGCAAACGUAGUCCAGAAAAAGGACUUGGGUCCGUCUGAUGCAAGAGAGGGUGCAGAACGUGAGGAAAGGGGCAAUGCUAUCCUAGUCAGAGACAGAAUCCACAAAUUCCACAGACUAGAGUCAACUUUGAGGCCAGCUGAGAGCAGAGCUUUCUCCUUGCAGCAGCCUGGUGAAGGUCCCUGGGAAGCAGAACACUCAGGAGAUUUCCAUGUGGAGGAGGCACUGGACUGGCCUGGAGUAUACUUGUUACCAGGCCAGGUUUCUGGUGUGGCACUGGAUUCUAAGAAUAACCUAGUGAUUUUCCACAGAGGUGACCAUGUUUGGGAUGGAAACUCUUUUGACAGCAAAUUUGUUUACCAGCAAAGAGGCCUUGGACCAAUUGAAGAAGAUACGAUUCUAGUCAUAGAUCCAAAUAAUGCUGCCAUCCUCCAGUCCAGUGGAAAGAACCUGUUUUAUUUACCACAUGGCUUGAGUAUCGAUAAAGAUGGAAAUUACUGGGUCACAGAUGUGGCUCUUCAUCAGGUGUUCAAACUGGACCCACAUAGCAAAGAAGGGCCUCUCUUAAUUCUGGGAAGGAGCAUGCAGCCUGGCAGUGACCAGAACCAUUUCUGCCAGCCCACUGAUGUGGCUGUGGACCCCAGCACUGGCACUGUCUUCGUGGCAGACGGCUACUGCAACAGUCGGAUCGUGCAGUUUUCACCCGGCGGCAAGUUUAUCACCCAGUGGGGAGAAGAGUCCUCUGGGAGCACUCCUAAGCCAGGCCAGUUCAGUGUUCCUCACAGUCUGGCCCUUGUGCCUCACUUGGACCAAUUGUGUGUGGCAGACAGGGAAAAUGGCCGGAUCCAAUGUUUCAGAACUGACACCAAAGAAUUUGUGAGAGAGAUUAAACAUGCAUCAUUUGGAAGAAAUGUAUUUGCAAUUUCAUAUAUACCAGGUUUGCUUUUUCUGGUGAAUGGGAAGCCUUACUUUGGCGACCACGAACCUGUGCAAGGUUUUGUGCUGAACUUUACCAGUGGGGAAAUUAUAGAUGUCUUCAAGCCAGUACGCAAGCACUUUGAUAUGCCCCAUGACAUUGUUGCCUCUGAAGACGGGAAUGUGUAUAUUGGAGACGCGCACACAAACACCGUGUGGAAGUUCACCCUGACCGAAAAAAUGGAGCAUCGAUCAGUUAAAAAGGCGGGCAUUGAGGUCCCAGAAAUCAAAGAAGCCGAGGCAGUUGUUGAAUCCAAAAUGGAGAACAACCCCACCUCCUCAGAAUUGCAGAAGAUGCAAGAGAAACAGAAACUGAUCAAAGAGCCAGGCUCGGGAGUGCCCGUGGUUCUCAUUACAACCCUUCUGGUUAUUCCUGUGGUUGUCCUGCUGGCCAUUGUCAUGUUUAUUCGGUGGAAAAAAUCAAGGGCCUUUGGAGAUUCUGAACACAAACUCGAAUCAAGUUCUGGAAGAGUACUGGGAAGAUUCAGAGGAAAAGGAAGUGGAGGCUUAAAUCUUGGAACUUUCUUUGCAAGCCGUCAAGGCUACAGCAGAAAAGGGUUUGACCGCCUCAGUACAGAGGGGAGUGACCAAGAGAAAGACGAAGAUGACGGAAGCGAAUCGGAGGAGGAGUACUCCGCCCCGCUGCCCACACCUGCACCUUCCUCCUGAACUCCAGGCCCUCUUGUAGGUUGAGUGGAGUUUACCAAGGAUGCCCAGACUCCUUUCCCUUUAGUGUGUGUAAAGUUCUGUGCAUUUGAUUGUAAACUGUACUAGUCUAUGUGGGACUGUACACACCUUAUUUACUUCAUUUGGUUAUAUUGGCUUCUGUUUCUAGGUGAGGGGUUUCCUAACAGUUCACUACAGUGCCAUUGUCUUUAUAUGAACUUAGAGUAGAGAAGCUGCCCUCCUCCUCCAUCACAGCACUCCUAUCCCAGGAUGGAAGUACUGCUCAUUUACAUUUGGAGACUUUUUUGUGGAUGUAAAUAGCCCCUUUCUCUGCUUGAACACAGUAUUUUCCCAAUCCACACCCCUUGCCAGUGUCUUUCUUUGGUGCCUUUCCUGUUCAGCAUUCUCAGCCUGUGGCAGUAAAGAGAAACUUUGUGCUACACGACGAAAAGCUGCUAAAUCUCCUUCUAUUUUUUUAAAAUCACUAACAUUAUAUUGCAAUGAGAGAAAUUUUAAAAAGUCUCUAUUUAAAUUCUUUUUUUAAAUUUCUCUUCAGUUGGUGUGUUUCCGGGAUGUCUUAUUUUUAGAUGGUUACACUGUUAGAACACUAUUUUUCGGAAUCUGAAUGUAAUUUGUGUAAUAAAGUGUUUUCAGAGCAUUA